AUGGAUGACGUGUGGAGCACCGAUGCAUGGGAUAGGAUAAAGUUUUUCUUUCCGGAUAACAAUAACGGGAGUAGGAUAAUGAUAACCACUAGGCUAUCCAACUUAGCUUCUCAGUUGAGUGGCUCUAGUGGCCUUGAGAUGGGUUUUCUAGACGAGGAUAACAGUUGGAACUUAUUUCGAAAAAACGUGUUUGGAGAUAAGGAUUGCCCUAUGGAGUUGGAAGAAAUCGGUAAGCAGAUUGCAAGAGGUUGUAAAGGCCUUCCUUUGUCGAUUGUUGUGAUCGGUGGACUGUUGGCGAAGUCUAACCAGACAAGAGAACACUGGAAUUACAUUUUGGAGAAUUUGAAUUCGGUUGUGAAUUUAGAUGACAACGAAUGUUGCUUGAGAAUAUUAAGUUUGAGCUAUAAUCAUUUGCCGGUUCAUCUAAAGCCGUGUUUUCUUUACAUGGGAAUAUUCCCCAAGGACCGUCUGGUUAAGGCCUCCACGCUUGUCAAGCUUUGGGUAGCUGAAGGGUUUUUGAAACCGAUUAACGAUAAAACAAUGGAAUUAGCCGCUGAGGAGUACUUAAAGGAUCUUGUCCAGAGAAAUCUAGUUUUAUUCGGGGAGCUCGGGUACUAUGGAAAUAUUAAACUUUGCAGGGUCCAUGAUCUCUUGAGGGACCUAUGCAUAAAAGUAGCCGAGAAGGAGAAUUUUUUCUGUGUGGCAACCACAGAUAAUCCUAACACGGGGCAAAAGUGGCACACUCAACGUCGAAUAGGUAUUCAGAGACAAGAAAUGAGUUGCAAACACAUUCCCGAAUCACUCUGUAAGAACGUGAAAUCUGCAUCGCUCGCUCGUUCGGUGAUUUGUAAUGUCGAUAGAGUUGCACCGGCACGAAGUCCCGCUCGAUUCCGCAGCAUGGCUCCGAUUUCCGGCGAGUUUCCGCCUUUAUUCUACCACCUCUGGAAUUUGCAGACUUUAAUCGUUGACCAUGAUAUUUGGGGCGUUAUUCCUACUCCACCAAUAAUCGACAUCUGGAAAAUGCCUCGACUCAGGCAUAUAAACGUCUAUGAUUUCCAUCUCCCGGAUCCCCCGAGCAACUUUGAUGAUUCUUACAUCUUGCAAGAUUUACAGACGCUAAAGACCGUUUCAAUUUCCGAGUGGAGUGAAGAGGCAUCCAGGAGAAUUCCCAACAUCAAGAAACUGAAUCUAAGGCUACCUGCGAAAGACCCGUUAGUAUUCUGGGGCCAUGACUUGGCUAUGAGCCUCAUUUUUCCGCAUACUCUUAAGAAGUUGACAUUCUCACGUGCUUGUCUCCUCUGGGAAGACUUGGCGGAAAAAGUUGGAUAUCUUCCGAAUCUUCAGGUGCUUAAGCUGAAAAUUUGUUCUUGCAAAGGAUCUGUGUGGGAAACUGUUGAAGGGCAGUUCUGUAGCCUCAAAGUCUUGGAGAUCAAUAGUUGGCCUGACUUGGAAUACUGGAUGAUGGAGAACUGGACCCACUUUCCUUGCCUCGAGAGUCUCAUUCUUGGUGACUUGCCUAAUUUGAAGGCCAUUCCUCAAAGUCCCAUUCUACUUGUUUUAUCAAUAAUCAGAGGAACUGCAUUUCUCCCCUCUUUAACCCACAGCAAUGGAAAAUGCAAUUUUAUUCACUAA